GCCCAGUGACUACCACGACAAGGAUGCGGCUAACUCAAUUACCUUCCAGCACUCGUAGCUCCGCGCUCACCAGGGUCGCACAGGCCCGCCCGCUUGGCUCAGCCCGUCGCGUAGCACCACUGCGCGUAACAGCCGAUAUGGGUUGCGUCGCGGGUGUCAUCGUCAAGCAGGUGCCCACCAAGCCCUAUGAUGGGCAGAAGACGGGCACUUCCGGUCUCCGGAAGAAGACGAAGGAGUUCAUGCAGGAAAACUAUCUUGCGAACUGGGUCCAGUCCCUUUUUACCGCUUUGGGCGAUGAGGUGAAGGGUCAGUCGCUUGGCCUAGGUGGUGAUGGCCGCUACUUUGGAAAGGAAGCUGCCCAAAUCAUUAUCAAGCUCGCUGCCGGAAACGGCUUCAAGAGGGUCAUCGUUGGGCAAAACGCUCUUAUGGCCACGCCCGCGGCGUCUGCUAUGAUUCGUCGCCGCAAGCUUUACGGCGGCCUCAUCAUGUCCGCCUCCCACAACCCCGGCGGCCCCGAUGCCGACUUCGGCAUCAAGUUCAACUACAGCAGCGGCGAGCCUGCCCCCGAGCGCAUCACCGACAAGAUCUACGGCGAGACCACCAAGGUUGCCGUACUCAACAUGGCGGACAUCCCGGAUGUGGACCUCAGCAAGCUGGGCUCCACCUCCUUCGGCGAGUUCGAGGUGGUUGUCGUGGACCCGGUGGAGGACUACCUGGAGACGCUGCGCGGCGUGUUCGACUUCCCGCUGCUGCGCUCCUUCCUGGCGCGACCCGACUUCGGACUUGUGUUCGACUCCAUGCACGCGGUGACGGGGCCCUACGCCAAGCGCAUCCUGGUGCAGGAGCUGGGCGCCCCCGCCAGCUGCGUCAAGGACGGGGAGCCGCAGCCCGACUUCGCGGGCGGGCACCCCGACCCCAACCUCACAUACGCGGAGGAGCUGGUUAAGAUCAUGUGGUCGGACGAGUCGCCUGCCUUCGGCGCCGCCAGCGACGGCGACGGCGACCGCAACAUGAUCCUGGGCCGCAAGUUCUUCAUGAACCCCUCCGACUCGGUGGCAAUCAUCGCGGCAAACGCGCAGGAGUGCAUCCCAUACUUCAAGAGCGGACUCAAGGGUGUUGCCCGCUCCAUGCCCACCAGCGGCGCACUGGACCGUGUUGCCUCCGCGCUGGGGCUGCCGUUCUUCGAGACGCCCACCGGCUGGAAGUUCUUUGGGAACCUGAUGGACGCGGGCAAGUGCAGUGUGUGCGGCGAGGAGUCGUUCGGCACGGGUGGCGACCACAUCCGCGAGAAGGACGGCAUCUUCGCGGUGCUGGCCUGGCUGAGCAUCCUGGCGGCGCGGAACCGGGAGGUGCCGGUGGGAGGGGCGCUGGUGGGUGUGGAGCAGGUGGCGCUGGAACACUGGAAGAAGUACGGACGCAACUUCUUCAGCCGCUACGACUACGAGGAGUGCUCCUCCGCCGACGCCGGCCGCAUGAUGGACCACCUGCGCGGGGUGAUUGCGGCGGCUCAGCCGGGAGACGCGUUCGGCGACUUCAAGCUCAAGUUGGCGGACGACUUCGAGUACACCGACCCCAUCGAUGGCUCCAAGGCGUCCAAGCAGGGGCUGCGGUUCAUCUUUGAGGACGGCUCCCGCAUCAUUUUCCGCCUGUCCGGCACCGGUUCCAGCGGCGCCACCAUCCGCCUCUACAUCGAGCAGUACACCGCCGACCCGGCGCUGCUGACCAAGGAUGCGCAGGAGGCGCUGGGGCCCAUCAUCAAGGUGGCUCUGGAGCUGUCCAAGCUGGCCGAGUUCACGGGCCGCACCAACCCCACCGUCAUUACCUAAUAAGCGGGGGCGGGCGGGCAGUCCUGUGCGCGCACCUUGCUUCCCUUGGUGCGGGGCGCGGCACCGUUGUGUUGUGUCGGGCAGGGGGUAGGAGGGGAGAGGAGGCGGCGAGGCUCAGGACAGUAGGGUGGCCUACAAGGCUGGAGAAGCCUUCCUGGUUGGCACUGGGAGGGGGGAUGCGUUGUGUGCUGUUGCAGCAGCUGGGUUGGCGUUGUGGUUGAAGAGUGGUCGCUGAGGUGCGUCUCGCCAAAGCAGGCAAGCGGUGCGACGACGGGCGCGGUUUGGAACAAGCCGUGAAGGCGGUUGUGGUGGAUAUGUGGGUUGGUUCUCUGGACAGCAGCAGGCCUGCAGGCCGGGAGGUACCGGGUACCGGGUAGUAGGUGCUGUGUCGUAGGAGGCGCGUUGUAUCUCACUUGCAUGCGCAUGUGGGGGCAUUCGAGGGAUGGGUGGCUGAAGAUUGGUUGUGCCGGUAGUAGCAAGGUGGUCCCCGCUGGAGGAGCCAGACGCUUGCUGGCGGUGGCGGUGGUCGCUGAAGACGUCGCUGCAUGAAGAGGACGCAUGAAGACGACGUACGGCACCACUUUUGCAAGUUUUCUUUCGUUGCAAAUGUUUCUCACCAGGGAAAGACGUUCCUUUCCUGUUUCAAGGCGCUGUAAAGGUUCC